CAAUCAACAAAAUCGUUUAACAAGCCUGCCGAUUUUCCAAAACACACACAAGUUCAGAUCAUAUAUAGUUUUUGAGUUUUAAAUUAAAAGAAACAAAGUCCGUUGAAAUGGAGGAGCUCGACAUAACCAGCGUGGGUCAGUUCCAGACCCUGGUGCGUUAUAACAAUCCGGUGCUGGUGGUCAAGCAUCCGGACAAGAAGGGUGGCGCUCCGCUGACGGAGAUUGAGAUGAAAAGGCCCCAAACGGCGGGCGCAUUGCUAGAUACUAAACGAGAGACAGAGGAGAUACUGAAUUCGAUUCUGCCGCCGCGCUGCUGGGAAGAGGAUGGCCAGCUGUGGCAACAGUCAGUGUCCAGCACUCCAGCCACGCGCCAGGAUGUGAUCAAUUUGCAGGAGAUGCUGGACACUAGGCUGCAGCAAACUCAGGCCCGCGAAACGGGCAUCUGUCCCGUGCGCCGCGAGCUUUACUCUCAGUGUUUUGACGAGAUUAUUCGUCAGGUGACCAUCAACUGCUCGGAGCGCGGACUGUUACUACUGCGUAUCCGCGAUGAAAUCGCCAUGUCCAUGGAGGCCUACGAGACUCUCUACUGCAGCUCCGUGGCUUUUGGCAUGCGUAAAGCUUUGCAGGCGCACGAAGAAAAGGAAAUGCUUCGUGAUCGAGUCAAGACGCUCGAACAAGACAAGGAGGCGCUCGAGGAGAUCAUUGCAGACAUGAAGCUGAAGCAGGAGCAGGCCGAGCGCCGCAAUGCCGAGCUGCGUGCUUCGGAGGAGAAGAAGUUCACCGAGGAAAUCACCUUCCUGAAGAAGACCAACGCCCAGCUGAAGGCUCAGCUGGAGGGCAUAACCGCACCCAAAAAGUAGAUGGAAAUUUAUGGUGUUUGGUUUAUGCUUCUUGCAUUUGUCACUUAAACAUUGUUGGAACUUAUUGAAAUUAAAUUAUUUGAGCAACUUUACAGUAA